GAGAGAGAGAGAGAGAGAGCGUGAAAGCGGGAGAUAAGAACAAGAGAGAAAUUAGUAUCAUUAAUAACUAAAAUAAUCAUAAUAUUGACAAGACAUUCACGUCGAGAUCCAAUUGAACACGAAGAUGUGCUGCUAAUAAAGAUUGCGAAGACCCACCACACUGAAACUAUUACGAGGAAACAAAACUGGCAGCAGCACCUUGAGAAUUCACGAUGGACUUUGAAAUGGAACAGAUGCCUUUCAUACCGGGACCAGCUAUGAGCGCACCAGCAGCAGGCCAGGCACAGGACCUGAUGGAGUGGGCGGACGUCUGGUACAGGCUGGACGAAGGGCGAGGCAAAAUCACGCUGGACAGACUCGAAGGCAGGAUACGCAGGACAGUGAACAACGCGCAGGCCAUUCCACAGGCCAUCAGCAUCCUACACAAGGCGGAUUACGGGCAGAAAGGAUGCGUGGAGUACAAGGACUUCAGACAUUUCUACGACAAGAUCCUCCCCGAAUCCUCAUGGGAAAGGGCGGUGCUUAUGCGGGCGGCGUUGGAUGUGGAGGAUAUGACGCCCACGAUGGAUGAAGUGCCCUGGAUGGACGUCUGGACAAAGGUGGUCGACUUCGCGCAUUCGAAACCCUCCAAAAAUGACUUCGACUGGCGCUGGCUCCUCCCCCGGGACUAUAACCGCCAGAAACUCCUCAACUACGUGUAUUACAGGAGCGAACUCAUCCACCCUUCUCGCAUAAAGGAUUGGAUUCUCAGCACGAAAGAGGCGGAUCGAAUCCCAAACGUCGUGGCAAUACAGCUGUUGAAGAAGGCGGAGGUCGUGGAGCGCGCGGAUACGAACAGGGAUGGCUACGUGGAGUUCGAUGAGUUUUUGAGAUUCGCCAUGGUGACCUCCUCGACCUCCCGCACGAGCGAGGUCUUCCGCAGAGGCGCCCUGGUGGUCGUCCCGCGCAACCAGAGGACGCUGGAGACGAGGCAGUACCUGGAGGAGUACUCGUGUGCUGCCCCCGCCGCUCUUCAUGCCCCUCGCGUCGCUGGCUGAGGCUGCCGUGUUCAUCUACUACGCCGUGGACAUGGGCGUGACAAUAGGACCCAACGGCCCGUGUCCCACCUACUCCCCUCUCGUGUACCAUCCUCAGAGGCGAUACGAGGCUUGGCGUUAUGUGUCUU